AUGAUUAUUCCCACACCAAACAGCAUUCUCACUCCGCAGCAACUGGAGGAACUCAAGAAUAAUUUUGACCCACUGGAACAAUCUGAUUCUUUUGGGUUCUCUGUGGAUGUUACCGUAGAGGAAACCCUGUGGGUAGAAGACAACAACGGUGAUUGUGACACGCUUGGAGUAGCCAAGGAGGAAGGAAACGAAGCAGUUUGUAAACUAAUCAUCAAGAGGAUCGCUGCUGCCCGUAAAGGAAGAGAGAACGAGAGUGAACCUGCCUGUAAAGAGAGAGAAAAGACGGGAGUGGAUGUUAGGAGAGUGACCUGUGGAAAAAAGAACCAUACUUACCAAGAACUAGCAGCAAACCGACAGGUGAGGACGAUCCCAGUCCAGGUUAAACGAGUCUUCGUGUCUCCGUCGAAGCCUGUGGAAGGAAACACAAAGUGGAGUGAGCAGAGAGAAGAGGAGGGCGCCACGGAUAGCGGAGUUGGCAGGAGCCUGUGUUCCCGGCCCACUCCCCCCUAUAUUUUGGUCAUCAGCCCCUGGGACUUCCGUUGCCCCCUUCCCCUUUCUGCCACCUUCCCGUGCUGUGGUCUGCCUGGAAGGCAGAGAGGAAAGAUUCCUAUCCCACAGCUGACUGCGUAUCCAACCUGGACAGAGUUUUUCCCAAACGAACAAAUCACCAUGCAGUGUGGAUUUGGAAGCACUUCUGACGGCUGGUCCUUUGAAUGGACCAAAAAUGGCAAACCAAUUAUAACAAACCCUACUCUAACCAUUACAGCAAAGAGUUCAUCUGAAUCUGGACAAUAUGCAUGUAAAGGAAAACUUAAUGGCAGAUCAGUUGUUACCCAACAGAGUGAUGUAUUUCAACUAAAUGUAAAAGAGAUUCCUAUUCCAGUGCUGACUGCGAAUCCAAACUGGAAAGAGUUUUUCCAAAACGAACAAAUCACCAUGAAGUGUAGAUUUGAAAGAGGUUCUGACGGCUGGUCCUUUGAAUGGACCAAAAAUGGGGAACUAAUUAAAACAAACCCUACUUUAACCAUCAUAACAAAGAGUUCAUCUGACUCUGGACAAUAUGCAUGUAAAGGAAAACUUAAUGGCAGAUCGGUUAUUACCCAACAGAGUAAUGUAUUUCAACUAAACAUAAAAGAGACUCCUCUCCCAAAGCUGACCGCGAAUCCAACCUGGAAAGAGUUUUUCCCAAAUGAGCAAAUCACCAUGCAGUGUGAAUUUGGAAGCAGUUCUAACGGCUGGUCCUUUGAAUGGACCAAAAAUGGUGAACUAAUUACAAUAAACCCUACUUUAACCAUCACAGCAAAGAGCUCAUCUGACUCUGGACAAUAUGCAUGUAAAGGAAAACUUAAUGGCAGAUCGGUUACUACCACACAGAGUAAUGUAUUUCAACUUAACGUAAAAGUAUGA